GGAGGAUUUCCUGCAUGCUCUCCGUCUCUGUCUCAGCUUUGGAGACAACACACUUCCCAUCAUCAUCUAGAAACAACAUGUUCAAGAUUUCAAGACUUCAUUAACCAAAAUAAACCCAGGAGGAGGAGGCUGGUGUAUCUGUAGAACGUUGACGCAGACAAAAUACUAAUAUCUCAGGGUUGGGAGCCAUGGAGACGAAUGGGUCAGUGAUGUCUCUGAAGGAUGAAGAGAAGACUCGUCUGAGUUCAGUUUCCAAUGAAACUUCCACACGCUACGGUUCCAUAGCUGACAGCCUUCCUACUGAUGAACCAUCCACAGUGGAGACAACAGUCCUCUCUCCACGACGCUCCUAUAUAACAGUAGCUGUGCUCUGUUAUGUCAACUUAAUCAAUUACAUGGACCGAUACACAAUCGCAGGGGUCCUUCUCAGUAUCCAGAAGUUCUUUGAUAUAACUGACAGCACGUCUGGACUACUACAGACUGUUUUCAUCUGCAGUUUCAUUAUUUUGGCUCCAAUCUUUGGGUACCUUGGCGACCGCUACAACAGGAAGUUCAUCAUGAUUGGCGGGCUGAGUGUGUGGGUGGUGAUGACCCUGAGCAGCUCUUUUGUCACAGAAUCGUAUUUCUGGCUGCUGGUGCUGUUGAGAGCCCUGGUGGGGACAGGAGAGGCCAGCUACUCCACCAUCGCCCCUACCAUCAUAGGAGACCUGUUCUCUGGAGCCAAGAGGACCGUCAUGAUCUCUGCCUUCUACAUCUUCAUCCCUGUUGGAAGUGGUCUGGGAUACAUAAUAGGAUCCUCUGUUGCCAAUGCCACUGGAGACUGGCGUUGGGCCUUACGGCUCAAUCCCAUCCUGGGUUCCCUGGGUCUGCUCCUGCUGGCUGUGUUUUGCCCCAACCCCCCACGAGGGGCCUCUGACGGCCAUGGAGGAAGUACCAUAGAGCACACCUCUUACCUGGAGGACGUCAAGUAUCUUCUGAAGAAUAAGAGUUUUGUGUGGUCAUCACUGGGAGUUACUGCCAUGGCUUUUCUGACUGGAGCUCUGGCCUUCUGGACACCCAUCUUCCUGAGCCGAGCUCAGGUCGCUCAGGGCAUCCAGCCACCCUGCAACACUGAACCCUGCGACACCUCCGACAGUUACAUCUUUGGGGUCGUGACGGUGGUGACGGGUAUUUUGGGUGUUUCGUUGGGCAGCACCAUCUCCAGGAAACUGAGGGACAGGGUGCCCAACGCAGACCCCCUCAUCUGUGCUGUGGGCAUGCUCGGCUCCGCCCCCUGCUUCUUCGCCGCCAUCGUACUGGCGUCUACAAGCAUCCCUGCCACUUAUGUGUUCAUCGGCAUUGGGGAGACUCUAUUGUCACUGAACUGGGCCGUUCUAGCUGAUAUCCUACUGUAUGUGGUGGUGCCAACCAGAAGAGCUACAGCUGAAGCUCUGCAAAUCAUGGUCUGUCAUCUCCUAGGAGAUGCUGGAAGCCCUUACCUGCUAGGAUCUAUCUCAGAUGCUCUGCGUACAUACCAGCCUGACUCUCAUACGUGGAGUUUCCGUAGUCUGGAGUACAGUUUCCUGCUGUGCCCUUUCGUAGGGGUCCUGGGUGGGCUCUUCUUCCUCAUGACAGCCCUCUACAUCACAAAGGACAGGAAGAACGCAGAGCUACUCACUGCAGGGGUGUGUGAUCCAGUAGAUCCUCCUACUCGGUUUAGUGCCAUGGCAGGCUCCACAGAUUGCUGAGGUGAAACUGGGAUCCUUGGAGGACACUCGGGCUAGAGGAAGAUAUGUUAGGUUAGAUGUUGUUUGGUAUGUGACCAAACCUGAGAGUUGGGGUGAUUGUCUGUAGUACCCCAGACCACUCUAUAUGAGAAAAUAAUGCAACUGGUAAAACGGAUUCCAAAGCUGCACACUGAUCCAAAGAAAAUGAGUUUGUGGUCCAUCGUACACAGAACUGUUGUAAAAUUAUGUGCCUUUUUUUGCCAAAAAUGUACACCCAUUUUAUAAUUACUGUCUUUUUGUCUGACCACAUCAAUGUUCUUAUCUCACACAACCUUAAUUGGGGUGGCAGGUAGCCUAGUGCUUAGAGCGUUGGGACAGUAAUUGAAAUGUUGCUAGAUCGAAUCCCCGAGCUGGUAAAGAUAAAAGGUAAAAAUUGGUAAAAAUCGGUUGUUCUGCUCCAUGAACAAGGCAGUCAACCUACUGUUCACCGGUAGACCGUCAUUUUAAGUAAGAAUUUGUUCGUAAUGGACUUGCCUAGUUAAAUAAAGGUUAAAAAAAAAAAAUCUAAAAAAUAGUCCUUGUAGUAAACCAUACCUGCCCCUGAACAACUGAAUUUUCUGGGGAACAAACCAGCAACAAUUGAAAAAACAACAACAUUUAAGUCCAGUGGAUGAAUCUGUCAACCCAUCCAUUUUGUUAGGACGUUCCAGAUUGACCUCUCCCUCCCCAGGUCCAAGUGUCCCUCUUCCACCCAGCAGCCAGCUGCUUCUUGCUAAUGAGUACGGUAGGGGCUGUAGCAGGAGGUCCUGGGUUUAAGAUGGAGGCUUCUCCACUCCACCUCACAGUGUGCAAGGGAAUCCCCUGCCAAUUAUCACUUUUUUUUGUAGCUUGGUCAAUCCACCUAUUAAAAUAACUGCAAAAUGAUUAGAAUAAUGACCAUGUGGCAAGAAAUGUGGAGUUUAGUUGCUGUUGAGUAUAUGUACACUGAACAAAAAUAUAAAAGCAACAUGCAAAGAUUGAAAAGAUUUUACUAAGUUACUUAUAAGGAAAUCGGUAAAUUGAAAUAAGUUAAUUAAGCAGUAAUCUAUGUAUUUCACAUGACUGGGAAGGGGUGCAGCCAUAGGCCCACCCACUUGGCAGCCAGGCCCACCCACUGGGAAGCUAGACCCAGCCAAUCAGAAUGAGUUUUUCCCAACAAAAGGGAUUUAUUACAGACAGAAAUACGCCAUGUUUUCCCCAGCACAAGGUGCACCUGUGUACUACUCAUUCUGUUUAAUCAGCUUCUUGGUAUGCCACACCUGUCAGGUGGAUGGGUUAUCUUGGCAAAGGAGAAAUGCUCACUAACAGGGAUGAAAAAAAAAUGUGUGCACACAAUUUGAGAGAAAUAAGCUUUUUGUGCAUAUGGAAAAUGUCUGGGAUUUUUUUUUUUUCAGCUCAUGAAACAUGGGACCAACACUUUACAUGUUGCAAUUAUAUUUUUGUUAAGUGUAAAUGUGUGUUUCUAUCAAAGUAAAACAUUUGGUGUAUUUAAAGUCUUGUCAAGCCUAGUGCUCUUUGAGCCUAUGGUGAACACAUUUUUCAGUCUAAUCAUAUUCACUUCAAAUGGCGAUGUUUCAUCAGGAAAACAAUAAAUGCAGUGAUUGGCUACAGAACAGUUCAGUGGAAACUGAGUAGGAAUUAAAUACAUUGUUCUGAGAGUUUAACAGAGAAACUUUUAAAUAUGCCUAUGAACAGUUCAGUGGAAACUGAGCAGGAAUUAAAUACAUUGUUCUGAGAGUUUAACAGAGAAACUUUUAAAUAUGCCUAUGAACAGUUCAGUGGAAACUGAGCAGGAAUUAAAUACAUUGUUCUGAGAGUUUAACAGAGAAACUUUUAAAUAUGCCUAUGAACAGUUCAGUGGAAACUGAGCAGGAAUUAAAUACAUUGUUCUGAGAGUUUAACAGAGAAACUUUUAAAUAUGCCUAUGAAUCUUGCAGGAUGUGAAUGUAGUCUACCAUUAGGAAGGCUGCUUGUGCUCGAAGCAGAAAUGAGGUACAUGUAUUGUCUGUCCUGACAGUACGCUGGCAUUACUGGCUGUGUGGGGAGUGAAUGGGGUUUUAAUAUCCCUGUGUUCUGGGCUCUAGCUAUUAAUGAGCUUGGUACCCUUCCAUCACCUGACUAAUAAGCAGAGCUGGUAAGAGGUCAUCUAUCUCUAUAAACAUUCAAGAUGCUGUUAUCCCACCUGCUCUCCUCAUAAUGGUACUGUUCCUAAACAACCAUAACCAUGGAUUAAAACGAUAAAGUCUUCAAUGACGCCACCUGGUGGCCGAAUAGUAAUUUACAGUAGAUCUCACAGGGGA